AUGUCAGCCCCACCAAUCAGUCUUAAUCUCAGCAAUGAUAUCCCAUCAUCAUCUUCGCGCCUGAUGCCUUGUACGCGCACACACCCUGUUCAGCAAUGUCCAAGUUGUCACUCGUGUCGUCACGAUUCCAGCGGUAUUUCUGACCUGUACGAUAUAGCCAAUGGUAUCGGGUCAAUGUCAAUCAAUGACACCAAUGAACUUGAAGCCAACCUCGUCAUGGACCUAGCAAGGGUGAGGCGGGACAUAUUUAGGGCGGAGAAGGUGCUAGCGGAUUGUGUAGUGCGAGAACGCGAAAUCAUGGCGAAUCUUUCUAAGCACCAGUCCGAUGUUUCGAAGAAAAAGCUCGACAAAGCAGAUAUAGGAUUAGGUUUGCAAGAACAAUCCAACCGUCACGUAUCAGUAAUUUUAGACUGA